CAUGUCUGGACGCGGAAAACGCAACCAAAACGCCCAGACUGACUGAUCAGAGAGAUGGCGGGAUUCACACCUUCUCAUGUGUUUGCAUCUGUUUCAAGUCCUCCACGGAAACAAUUAAAGAUGGAAGAUAUUAAUUUUGAGAAUAUCACACCUUUAACAAAUGCCAAAGUAUCAGAUCGACACAUUACAGUUAAUGCUGUGGGAGAAGUGAGUUUGCCACCCGACAGAUGUAAGUUGACAGUACGGAUCCAAUCACAAAAGGAGAACGUUGAUGAAGUAAAAGCCAGCAUCACCAGACGUGUGGACUACGUUUUACAAACUCUGCAUAACCACUCAUUAAAGGAGUCGGAUAUAAAGAUAUACAAAACAAUCAGAAGAGUGGAAGGACUUUUUUGUAUGGAGGCUGAGAUUCAAGCUAUAUUUGCAGAUCAACACAAAUGCCAGACAGUUGCCAACCUGUUGGUUGAGAAGCUUGAUGAGACUGUAAUAGUGUGUCUUCCAGAGUUCUACCAUGCAUCUACCACUAUGCAAAAUCUACGGCAACAAGCAAGUUUAUUAGCUAUUCACAAUGCCAAGUUGAAAGCUCAGGAAAUGGCAAAGUUUGUGCAUCAGAAUGUUGGCCAGCCAAUCAGUAUAGCCGAAGAGGAGACAAGGGAGUGGCAGGGAUCUCAGGACACACCCACAGAUAUUGAGAAUACAAAGACAGUCCAACAGCGACUGACUGAUAGCACAGUCACUGUCUCCUGUAAAGUCUCUGUGCGUUUUGAACUAAAACCAAAAGUGAAGACAAAAGCAGUGAGAUGAUUGGUGUAAUGAUUUACACAUUUAUCUGACGACUAACAUAAUUUAUUUUCAAAGAUUUAGUUUUGUAAUGAUAGUUGGUUUUGUAUUUAUUUUAAGUUAUAUGUCCA